UACCCUGGCGAUUUUGUAUUUGCCCUGAGCAGCGGGCGUAGUUCUUUUUUCGUCACGACCGGUUCGAAAUCGAGGCGGAAGUUCCCAAAGUCGAUCAGGAAAGAAUGUCCUUCCUCGACAACAUCAUUCUCACGGAGAACAACUACCGGUUAGCGCUCCUCGCAAACCCAGCUUAUGCCUUCCCACAACUCGUGGCAUCCUGGGUCCUGUUCUUCUUUGCGUGCUAUCAGACCGCCCACCACCUCUUUACACCAGCCAACCGAUUUUCGCUCGGUCUGCUGGCUCCCAAUGCUCCGGUAUCAAACAUAGAAGAAUGGGCGAAUCGAGCCACUUCGACACUGCACGCCUGUAUGGCGGCUUUCGGCUGCCUUUCCUGGUACCAGAACGAUAAGCACCUCCUCAAAGUACCGACCGACUACGCGUUUCUCAACAGCUUCAGGAAUGACUUUUACCUUGCUAUUACGCUUGGAUACUUGUCUUUCGAUCUGAUGCGUCUGUGCUAUUACAAGUGGUUGCAGCCAUCCUCGCAUGAGGUUUCUUCCGCUCCCAUCGGGUCGAUGUUGUUCCACCACCUCACCAUCAUAUUAGCGUACACAAUCGGCGUACAAUAUCACUACGGCACCGUGUACAUGUGCCUCUUCCUAAACAACGAAAUCACCACGCCCUUCUUGAACGCUCGCUUCUUGAUGGGUGAGCACAACCUGAAGAAACACUGGGCGUACGGAGCCAAUGAAGCCAUUUUCGUGAUUGGUUUCUUCAUCUCGAGGAUCGUCGGAAACCUGUUCAUCCUGAGACAUGUGCAGAUGCACCUUCCCACGUACUACGCGUACCUGAUCCAAAAUGGAUUGCCAACCGGAAUGUACUACCUGCUCCCGGUCCUUGCGUACGCGCAUUGCGGAUUGCAGGUCUACUGGUUCGGGCUGUUGUUGCGAAUGGCAUUCCGGAAGAUGAAGAACGGCCAGCCGACGGGAGUUCCCAUGGUUUCACCGGCGGAGUUUGCGAAAACCGCUGCGCCAAGUGCGCCAGCGCUCGAAUCCAAGGCGGCGAAAGUGUUGGGAGUAGAGACGCAUAUCGUGACAGAGAAAUCCUUGCGGGUUGGAAUCGCGCACGACAAGGCGGCGGUGGUGCUGGGGUUACAGCAGUCCCCACCAUCAUCGCAAGUCAACAGACGGAAGCGGUCACCUAUAGCCUCAUGAGUCGGCAUCGUGUGAUAAUUGACCGAUCGAUUGUUUAAAGCGUUUAGGCUACGAGAUUUAGCGCCCCGAGGGCAUGCCUCUUUUUCGGCUGGUGCUUGUGUUUCGGAGGAUCGGGGCUCCAAGUUUUACAUAGGCAUUUCACCUGUAUAUACGUAUAUAUCCUUACUUUUACAUCAUACUUCUUACUCGUCUGGACUUGUGCU